AUGCCCGGCCAAAAGCAACAAUCCAUCGGAUUCGGCUUGAACUUUCUGGGUCAGCCGAAUGGAUGGCAGCUGAAUGCUCAGAUGAAUUACCCAGCCUUCCCACCCGGCCAAACGCAGCCGUGGUACAAUUUUGUCUACUACCCACAGUCUGCAUACAAUUUUGUGAGGGACGGUCAGCCGACGAAUGUUUGGUGGCCGUUUUUGCUACAAACUACAACUGAUGCCCAGUCGAGUUAUGAUCAGAAUGCUGGGCUACAAAAC